AUGGAAAUAAAAAGGGCUGCCAUCCUGAUCGUCUCCGACGAAGCCUCUAAUGAUACCACUUUGGACCGCGGGCCUGAUACUCUUGCGCCUAUUCUGGUCAAGGAGGAAAAGUGGGAACUCUCCGCAAUUCGCAUAGUUCCGAACAAUGUUCUCCAAAUCCAGCAAGCACUUUGCAACUGGACUAGUGGCCCCAAUUGGCGCCAUCUAGUUUUUCUUAGUGCCCCGGCAGGCUUAGCAGUCAAGGAUAUUACCCCCGAGGCCUCCUACCUGAUUAUGUACACCCCAGCUCAUUCAUAUCUAGCCGCAAAAUUGGAAAGACAGGUUAUUGGUGUUCGUGAGAAGACUUUGAUAAUCAAUUUCCCAGGGUCCUCCAAAGGAGCCAUGGAGGAUCUUGAAGUCGUUAUGAACCUCCUCCCGCAUGUCAUCCUGCCAAACCCUCGCUCUUUACAUACUAGUGAUAUGAAGAAACCAAACAACAAGACCGGAGUCACUAUUGUCCAGCAUCUACCCCAACCCCAACAUCAACCUUAUCGCCAUUACCAUCAUACACAUGGCCAUUCGAUCCCCAAAGCGCACAUAUCUGUACCAGACUGUCUCCGAUCCAAAUCCAACAGACCCACGAUAGGCCGCAAUCAGCACUACCGCCCUUGUGCCGAUCCUAUGCUUUCUGUAGAGGAAGCACUACGCGUGAUUCACGAGCAAACUCCUGCACCCGCUGUGGUCAAAACCCCUGUCACCACUUCCAUCAUCGGCUCCGUCAUUGCCGAAGACGUUUACGCUAGCGAGAUGAUACCAGCAUAUCCCACCAGUCUUGUCGAUGGCUAUGCCAUUAUUGCCAAAGAAGGCGGAUCCACCAAACUCAUUUUCCAUAGAACUUCAAUCGCCCACGCCAACAUGAGCGGGGCCUUUGAGCCCCUACAACCAGGAACCAUUGCUAAAAUUAGCGCUGGCAACCCCAUCCCUUCUAAUGCCAACGCCGUGGUUAUGUUCGAGGACAUAGCAUCCUCAACCCUAGACGGCCAAGACGAACCAACUGUUGAAAUUCUGGCCGAUGAUAUCGUCCCAGGAGAAAAUGUCCGCGAGCCUGGCAGCGACGUUGCCCUUAACUCCAGAAUCCUUGCUCGUGGCGACCUUAUCUCCCCAGUUGGCGGCGAAAUAGGUCUGCUUGCUGCUACGGGAACGCGGACCGUUAAAGUUUUCAAGAAGUGCCGGGUGGGCGUUCUCAGUGUCGGUGGCGAUCUCGUGGAGCAUUCGAACCCCUCCACCCUCGUCAGAGGCCAGAUCCGCGAUUCUAACCGCCCAUCCCUCUUGUCGUGCCUAGCCUCCUGGGGCAUUGAGACUGUGGACCUUGGUCUCGCCCGCGAGACAGCAGCAGGCGAGCUCGAACAUACCCUUCGUGACUCCCUAUACGGUGUAGACCGUGCAUUCUCUGGCGUCGAUGUGCUCGUAAUCACUGGCAGCAUGUCCCUGGGCAAACUAGAUUUUACUCCUAUCAUUGAGCGCACGCUCGGUGGAUCCAUUCACUUCAACCGCGUUUCUAUGAAACCCGGCACGACCACUACCUUCGCAACGGUACCCUUCAAGGCUACCACAGCCGACACAGCUACCAAGAACAUCCUACAAAAGCACACCUCCAAGCUGAUAUUUUCGCUCCCCGGAGAUCCAGCCUCUGCGCUAGCCACCCUGAACCUCUUUGUCUUGCCUUCUCUGCAUAAAUUCGCCGGUCUAGGCGAGUCCUCCCAGGAUAUCGCUGCCAAGCCGGGGAUUACGCCGCAGGUAGGUCUGCCUCGGGUCGCUGUCGUCUUAACCCACCACUUCCCCCGCGACCUCAAGCGAACCGAGUACCACCGUGCUGUCGUGACUGGCUCUCGAUCGGACGGCCGACUAUAUGCUACAAGCACUGGUGUUAGUGCGGUAGGCAGUCUUGCAAAAGCCAAUGCUUUAGUUAUACUCCGUGCAGGGCGAGGGGUUGGGAUCAAGGGUGAAAUUGUCGAGGCGCUGAUGAUGGGUCAUGUUCAUGCCUCCGAUACCCGCAUUAUUUGUUAA